GCCUUGUUCUUGUCUUCGCACACGGUGUUCAGCUGCUCUUCCGGGUGCUGUUCCAUUUAGCCCAACAAUUCCCGUGUUUCCCGUGAGACAUGGCCCCGGAGUCCCUGGCGGAGGUGCCUGGCUGUAAUUGCUUCUGGUACUUGGGUGUGGUAGCGGCCACCUGGUGGGGUCUGAGGGCUGCAUGGUGCUUGCUGAACGGUGCCCGGGUCUGGGUGCUGGGGAGUGGAGCGCAGGUGGGCCCCAGGAUCGGGAAAUGGGCAGUUGUUACUGGUGCCACUGACGGAAUCGGAAAAGCCUAUGCCGAAGAGCUCGCAAGGCGGGGAAUGAACAUCGUUCUGAUCAGCCGAUCUCCAGAAAAACUAGAAGAGGCUGCCAUUCACAUAAAACAGAAAUUCAAGGUGGAGACGAAGAUCAUUGCGGCUGAUUUUGGAAAACCCACGGAAAUCUAUGAGCGGAUUGAAGCAGGCCUGCGAGAUCUGGAGAUUGGCGUCCUGGUUAACAACGUUGGCAUAUCUUAUGAAUACCCAGAGUAUUUUCUUGAAAUCCCAGACCUGGAAAAUACCCUGGACAAAAUGAUCAACAUUAACAUCAUGUCUGUAUGUCAGAUGACACGAUUGGUGCUGCCGGGCAUGCUGGGAAGGGGCAAAGGAGUCGUACUGAACAUCUCCUCGGCCAGCGGCAUGUACCCUGUCCCCUUGCUCACAGUGUAUUCUGCCACCAAAGCGUUUGUGGAUUUCUUCUCCCGGGGGCUCCAUGCAGAAUACAGAAGCAAGGGUGUCACCGUGCAGAGCGUUCUCCCAUUCUUUGUCGCCACCAAACUGGCCAAGAUCCGUAAGCCAACCUGGGACAAGCCAAGCCCGGAAACCUACGUCCGAUCGGCUCUGAAUACUGUCGGCUUACAGACGCAGACCAACGGCUACCUGCCCCACGCCAUCAUGGGCUGGAUCAGCACCUCUUUAGUGCCGGUCUCUGCCGCAAUCAGCAUGGGCAUGAAGAUGAACAAGGGUCUCCGCGCUCGCUUCCUGAAGAAGGCCAAACAAAACUAAGAGGAGCUGUUGCCAGGAGCAGCCGCGGCCCCAUAGUGGUACUCGGCGUGUGCACCCAAGAGAGUGUGUCACCAAAAUCAACCAAAGGAACCCACUUAGUUUGCCUUUGAUCUCUGACCAGGAAUAUGCCGCCAAGUAUGCUGUGGCAGCUCAACCUAAACUAGUCUACUAACCAACCUAUGCACAACUAACUAGUUCAUAUGAUUAGACUCUAGGACAGGACUGAUCAUGUGAUCUGCACUAUAGACUGUUCUACUGCCCUGUCUUCCUGCGCCCCAACAACUGAUGAACUCUUGAUUAGUAAUAAAUCAAUAACAAAA